AUGGACGGCGCGGGACAGCCCAACUUGCGCAUUACCAUUAUUGCCGCCGACGGCCUCUACAAGCGCGAUGUGUUCCGUAGGUGCUGCAGCCGAUUCCCGGACCCCUUCGCCGUGGCCACGAUCAAUGGCGAGCAGACGCGCACGACGAGCGUCAUCAAGAAGACGCUGAACCCCUACUGGAACGAGAGCUUCGACAUGUACGUCACGGGAGUGGCUAACACGCGCAACAGGCGAGUCAACGAGGAGAGCGUGCUGGCCGUCCAGAUAUUCGACCAGAAGAAGUUCAAGAAGAAGGACCAGGGCUUUCUGGGUGUCAUAAAUGUCCGCAUCGGCUCCGUCAUUGACCUGGACGCGGGCGGCGAUGGUAUGACUAACGUUACCACAGAGAUGCUUACCCGCGACCUCAAAAAGUCAAACGACAACAUGGUCGUGCAUGGCAAGCUCAUCCUUAACCUCUCCACUAACCUGGCCACCCCCAUCAGCCAGGGCACAGCCAACGGCGCCCGUCCCACGGCAUCCCCGCACCCGUCCGUGAGUGGGCCCGCAGUGAAUGGUGCCUCGACGCCGCAGCAGUCGACCCAGAACCUACAUCCCGAUGCCUUCCCCGGCCAGGCACGACCGCCCGUUGCUGCGCAACCCCCUGCCCACCGUCUCAGCGCGACCUCGGUGCCGUCGACCGCUGCACCCCCAAUGUCGGCGCCCAAUGGAGCUCCGCCGCAGAACCGGCCAAACGGCGGCGCAUACAGUGCCUUUGAGGACGACCGAGGGCGGCUACCGAACGGCUGGGAAAGGCGCGAGGACCAUCUGGGCCGUACCUACUACGUCGACCACAACACCAGGCAGACAACCUGGAUACGGCCAGGCGCAGGAUUCAGCCAGACGGACUCGCAGAAUGCCAUGGCCGCGCAGACCCAGCAGGAACGCACCCGGCAUCAGAAUCGUAUGCUGCCGGAAGACCGCACUGGAGCUAACUCACCCACCCUCACUGACCGUCAGCCAUCACCCCCAGCGGCUGGGUCUGCCAGUGCAGUGAGCAUGAUGGCCACAGGCGCAACCACUGCUGGAACAGGAGAACUUCCGUCGGGAUGGGAGCAAAGACACACUCCCGAGGGACGGCCCUACUUUGUUGACCAUAACACGCGGACAACGACAUGGGUCGACCCGCGCCGACAGCAGUACAUUAGGAUGUAUGGCGGCCAGAGUGCAAAUGGCAGCACAAUCCAGCAGCAGCCCGUAUCUCAGCUCGGACCACUACCAUCAGGAUGGGAAAUGCGACUUACCAACACAGCACGAGUAUACUUCGUCGACCACAACACGAAGACUACCACAUGGGACGACCCGAGGUUACCGUCUUCGCUCGACCAGAAUGUGCCCCAGUACAAGCGUGAUUUCCGCCGCAAGUUGAUCUACUUCCGAUCGCAACCAGCACUGCGCAUAGUUAGUGGACAGUGUCAUGUCAAGGUGCGACGAACCCAUAUCUUCGAGGACUCGUACCACGAGGUUAUGCGGCAAAGCGCUGCAGACCUGAAGAAGCGACUCAUGAUCAAGUUUGACGGUGAAGACGGUCUGGAUUACGGAGGUCUUUCCCGAGAGUUCUUCUUCCUGCUUUCCCACGAGAUGUUUAACCCCUUCUACUGCUUGUUCGAGUACUCCGCACACGACAACUACACGCUGCAGAUCAACCCGCAUUCUGGCAUUAAUCCCGAGCAUUUGAACUACUUCAAGUUUAUUGGACGAGUUGUUGGUCUGGCCAUUUUCCACCGCCGCUUUUUGGACGCGUUUUUCAUUGGGGCUUUCUACAAGAUGAUUCUCAGGAAGAAGGUUUCGCUGCAGGAUAUGGAGGGUGUGGAUGCGGAUUUCCACAGGAAUUUGGAGUGGAUGCUGAACAACGACAUUACUGACGCCCUUGAGUUGACAUUUGCCACAGACGACGAGCGCUUUGGUGAGACUGUCAGCAUUGAGUUGAAGCCAGGCGGUGAGGAGAUUGAAGUCACAAACGAGAACAAGGGCGAAUACGUCGAGCUUAUCACGGAGUGGCGGAUUCAGAAGCGCGUCGAAGAGCAAUUCCAGGCCUUCAUCGCCGGCUUCCACGAGCUCAUCCCCGCCGACCUAGUCAACGUCUUCGACGAGCGCGAGCUCGAACUGCUCAUCGGCGGUAUCGCCGACAUUGACGUCGAAGACUGGAAAAAGCACACCGACUACCGCGGCUACACUGAAAACGACGAAGUUAUCCAAAACUUCUGGAAGUGCAUCCGCAGCUGGGACGCCGAGCAGAAAUCGCGCCUGUUACAGUUUGCAACCGGUACUUCGCGUAUUCCCGUCAAUGGAUUCAAGGAUCUGCAGGGAAGUGAUGGGCCUAGACGGUUUACGAUUGAGAAGGCCGGCGAGCCGAACCAGUUGCCGAAGUCGCAUACUUGUUUCAAUCGUCUGGAUUUACCCCCGUAUAAGACGUUCGAGGCGCUUAAUCAGAAACUCACCAUUGCGGUGGAGGAGACGGUUGGGUUUGGACAGGAGUAAAUGCAGAAGGAAAGGAAGGAAGGAAGCAGUUAUGUACAAAAGACGGACAUGAAAACAACUUUGUCAGAAGAAAGUAAAGCGGUUUUUGGAGCGGCCAAGUGGAAUUCGUAUAUGGAAAUGGGAAUCCUUGUUUAGGAGCAUUCUUUCCUCUGAAAGAUGUCUCUUUUGCCUGGUCAUUGUAUUGCGACAUGUAUAGGCGUUUAUGGGGGGUUUGUAGGAUGUGGAUAAGUGAAUGAAUCGAAAGGCUGGCGUGGGUUGUUUGAAUU